CCAGGCAGCAAAGGCCUUUCCGAGCAGGAGGGGGAGGAGGAGGAGGACACGGAGGCGGCUGCUGUGCAAAGGAAAAAGCCUUGCAGGAGCUGCAGCUGUACUUGGACGCCACAUUCUCUCCUUACGGGACUGAGGAUGAGUAAGAGCUGACCCUGCUGCUGCUGCUGCUAUCUGUGUUGUGGAGUGAAGUGUCUGUUUCUUCUCCUCCUCCUCCUCCCUUGUUGUGAGUGAACCUGCAUUAAGGGUUCUUCACCAACACUGGGGACUGUUUGUUUGUGUAAGGGGAAGGAGAGGGAGCAGAGAGAAAGAGGACUCUUCCAUCCACUGAGGCGCAGUUCACUAUGAUCUUACUCGCAUUCAGCACUGGAAGCCGGUUGGAUUUCGUACAUCAUUCCAGGGUGUUUUUCUUGCAAACCUUGCUUUGGAUUUUAUGUGCCCCCGUGUGCACAGCGGAGCAGUAUUUCAAUGUGGAGGUAUGGUUACAAAAGUAUGGCUACCUUCCACCAACUGACCCCAGCAUGUCGGUGUUGCGCUCUGCAGAGACCAUGCAAUCAGCUAUAGCUGCCAUGCAGCAGUUCUAUGGCAUUAAUAUGACAGGAAAAGUGGACAGAAACACAAUUGAUUGGAUGAAGAAGCCUCGAUGCGGUGUGCCUGACCAGAGAAGAGGUAGCUCCAAAUUUAACAUUCGUCGAAAACGAUAUGCAUUAACGGGACAGAAGUGGCAACACAAACAUAUCACUUACAGCAUAAAGAACGUCACUCCAAAAGUAGGUGAUGCCGAAACCCGCAAAGCCAUUCGCCGUGCCUUUGAUGUGUGGCAGAAUGUAACUCCUCUGACAUUUGAAGAAGUUCCUUACAUUGAAUUAGAAAAUGGCAAGAGGGACGUGGACAUUACAAUCAUUUUUGCGUCAGGUUUUCAUGGAGACAGUUCUCCCUUUGACGGGGAGGGAGGAUUUUUGGCCCAUGCUUACUUCCCUGGGCCAGGAAUUGGGGGAGACACUCAUUUUGACUCAGACGAGCCAUGGACUUUGGGAAAUCCUAAUCAUGAUGGAAAUGAUCUAUUUUUAGUUGCAGUGCAUGAACUGGGGCAUGCUCUAGGCUUGGAGCAUUCCAAUGACCCCACUGCAAUCAUGGCUCCGUUUUACCAGUAUAUGGAAACAGACAACUUCAAACUACCUAGUGAUGAUUUACAGGGCAUUCAGAAGAUCUAUGGUCCACCUGACAAGAUCCCACCACCAACAAGACCUCUGCCAACAGUGCCCCCACAUCGUUCUGUCCCUCCAGCAGACCCUCGGAAGAAUGACAGGCAGCCUAAACCGCCUCGGCCGCCCACUGCUGACAAACCUUCCUAUCCUGGAGCCAAACCAAACAUCUGUGAUGGGAACUUCAACACUCUAGCUAUUCUUCGCAGGGAAAUGUUUGUUUUCAAGGAUCAGUGGUUUUGGCGUGUUAGAAACAACAGGGUGAUGGAUGGAUACCCCAUGCAGAUUACCUACUUCUGGAGGGGUUUGCCUCCAAGUAUCGAUGCAGUCUAUGAAAACAGCGAAGGGAAUUUUGUUUUCUUUAAAGGUAACCAGUUCUGGGUCUUCAAGGAUACCACUCUCCAGCCAGGGUACCCUCAUGAUUUGAUAACACUUGGAAGUGGAAUUCCUCCCCAUGGUAUUGAUUCAGCAAUUUGGUGGGAGGACGUUGGGAAAACCUACUUCUUCAAAGGAGAUAGGUACUGGAGAUACAGUGAAGAAAUGAGGUCCAUGGACCCUGGUUAUCCAAAACCAAUCACAAUCUGGAAAGGUAUCCCAGAAUCUCCUCAGGGAGCCUUUGUCCACAAAGAAAAUGGCUUCACAUAUUUCUACAAAGGAAAGGAGUAUUGGAAAUUCAAUAACCAGAUGCUCAGGGUGGAACCUGGAUAUCCCAGAUCCAUCCUCAAGGAUUUUAUGGGUUGUGAUGGACCAACAGACCGGGACAAAGACCGACACAGCCCUCAAGAUGACGUGGACAUUGUCAUCAAACUGGACAACACAGCCAGCACUGUGAAAGCCAUAGCCAUUGUCAUUCCCUGCAUCCUGGCCUUGUGCCUCCUUGUCUUGGUUUACACUGUGUUCCAGUUCAAGAGGAAAGGAACACCUCGUCACAUACUGUACUGCAAACGCUCUAUGCAAGAGUGGGUGUGAUGUAGGGGGGUUUUUGUCUCCCAGGAAUUUGUGGUAACUUGAGAUUCAACGUAAGAGCUGUUGUGCGGUUUCCUAGCUAGGAGCAGGCAUCUGUCAGCCUGAAUCAGAGCUGAUCUUUAAAACCCAGAGGGUUGCCUGUCCUGCACAUGAGUGGGGAUUCACUCUACUGGGAAGCUUCCAUGAUAGACAGUAUCUGCUGUUUCUUCAGUCCUUUGUCUUUCUUUGUCAUUCGGUUCCAGGCCUUUCCUCUGCACGCUCAAUACCCAAUAAACUAUCAGGAUUAACUAAUGAAGAGGAAAAAAGAAAAGAAAAAUCCAAUGUUUCUACUGUUUUUCUCCUAAAGCCUGUUCCCCUUUGAAAAUAAUUUUGCUGAAAGUAAACUUUUUUUUUUAAUUAAAAACAACACAACAACCCACAAUUGAACGUUCAGGAAAGUGUGAAGACCCAAACAGCUUUGUCUCCAAAGAGGAUUGCUUUCUGUCUGCUAUGGAUUUAGUUGUAUACUCCUACACAUGAUUUUUGUCAAGUGGGAGACCUGGAUGACACGCAGGACUUCAGACUGUUCGGACAGCCAUUUUCCAACAAACAAGGGGCCAAAAUAUCUGCAAUAUAGUAACAGCCUUAAUGAUAUGUUCAUUUUGUGUUUUAUACAGCUGUUCUGAGCUAUGUCCUCAAUGUUUUAAUACAUUUAUAUUCAUUA